AUGCAGGGCCCCGGCGCGGCGCUGCUCCGGAGCGCGGGGGAGCUGGGGGUCGCGCACCAGGGCUCCGCCGCCUGGUACUGCCAAGAGGACAGCCGCACCAGUUCUCCCGCCCCAUGGCCCUGGGCGUGCCACUCAGAGUUCCGGCCUCCCGAGACACUGCCUUGGCCGGGGCCCGCCUCCGCCUGUCCCGGGGGGCUUUGCGCUGGCGGCAAAGGCCGGGCCGGCAGUCCCUCUUUGAGCCGCCUAGGCCAUGCCUUCGAGUCGCUGGCCCAAGGCACCCACACCCAGAACGCAGCUGAUCUCCGCCCCCAUGGGUCCCCGCACACUCCGGCUCCGGAUGAUGCCCAGUCGCCGGAUGGUUCCCUUGUCCUCUGGCGAGGAUUCUCCAAGCCAUCUCACCACAUGGGCCGGCUCAGAAACGCCAGGAUCCACGUGGAGAGAGCUGUCAAGCAGAAAAAGAUCUUUAUGAUCCAAGGCCGCUACCCAGUGAUACGGUGCCUCUUGCGCCGGAGAGGCUGGGUGGAAAAGAAGAUGAUCCAUCACUCGGGCACCACCCUGCCACCACCCCAGAAGGAUCUGGAUAGCUCAGUAAUGGGUGAUAGUGACACCACUGAGGAUGAGGAUGAAGAAGAGGACGAGGCAUUUCGGCCACCGCAGCUGUUUGACUUUGAUGAUUUACUGGAAUUUGAUGACCUAGAUGGGACACAUGCUCUGAUGGUGGGUCUAUGUCUCAAUCUCCGGAAUUUGCCAUGGUUUGAUGAGGCUGAUGCUGACUCCUUCUUUCCGCGCUGCUACCGCCUGGGGGCUGAGGAUGACAAAAAGGCCUUCAUAGAGGACUUCUGGCUGACAGCUGCCCGCAACGUUCUCAAGCUGGUGGUAAAGUCCGAAUGGAAGUCAUACUCUAUCCAGGCAGAAGAGGAAGAGUCCCCAGGAGACAAACAGCCCAAGAAACAGGAGAAAAAGCCAGUGAUGGUGUCCCCAGAGUUUGUGGAUGAGGCUCUGUGCGCCUGUGAGGAGCACCUUAGCAACCUGGCUCACAUGGACAUCGACAAGGACCUGGAGGCGCCGCUGUACCUCAGCCCUGAGGGCUGGUCCGUCUUCCUCCAGCGCUACUACCAAGUGGUCCACGAGGGGGCAGAACUCAGGCACCUCGACGCUCAGGUCCAGCGCUGUGAGGACAUCUUGCAGCAGCUGCGGGCUGUGGUGCCCCAGAUGGACAUGGAAGGAGAUCGCAACAUCUGGAUCGUGAAGCCGGGAGCCAAGUCCCGAGGACGAGGCAUCAUGUGUAUGGACCACCUGGAGGAGAUGCUGAAGCUGGUUGAUGGCAACCCCAUGAUGAUGAAGGACGGCAAGUGGGUGGUACAGAAGUAUAUUGAACGGCCUCUGCUCAUCUUUGGCACCAAAUUUGACCUGAGACAGUGGUUCCUGGUGACCGACUGGAACCCACUUACCGUGUGGUUCUACCGUGACAGCUACAUCCGCUUCUCCACACAGCCCUUUUCUUUGAAGAACCUUGACAACUCAGUGCACUUGUGCAACAACUCCAUUCAGAAGCACCUGGAGAAUUCAUGCCAUCGGCACCCGCUGCUGCCCUCAGACAACAUGUGGUCGAGCCAGAAGUUCCAGGCGCACCUGCAGGAGAUGGGGGCCCCAGACGCCUGGGCCACUGUCAUCGUGCCUGGCAUGAAGGCUGCAGUGAUCCAUGCCCUGCAGACCUCCCAGGACACUGUGCAGUGUCGGAAGGCCAGCUUCGAGCUCUACGGUGCUGACUUCGUGUUUGGUGAGGACUUCCAGCCCUGGCUGAUCGAGAUCAAUGCCAGCCCCACCAUGGCCCCCUCCACUGCUGUCACCGCCCGGCUCUGUGCAGGCGUGCAAGCCGACACCCUGCGUGUGGUCAUCGACCGGCGGCUAGACCGCAGCUGUGACACAGGAGCCUUUGAGCUCAUCUACAAGCAGCCUGCCGUGGAGGUACCCCAGUAUGUGGGUAUCCGGCUCCUAGUAGAGGGCUCCACCAUCAAGAAGCCCCUGGCAAUGUGUCACCGGCGGAUGGGGGUCCACCCAGCACUCCUUCACCUGCUGACCCAGAGAGGCUCUGGGGAAGCCCCUUACCACUUCCCCAGCCUCCACACCAAGGCCCGGCUGUCUUCUCCCCAUGUGCUCCGAUCCCAGGGGCGGGUCCUCAGACUGCAACACAGCAAGUUGGUGGGCUCUAAGGCCCUGUCGACCACAGGCAAGGCCUUGAUGACUCUACCUACUGCCAAGGUUUUGAUUUCCUUCCCACCUAACCCUGAGCUCAAGUUGGCAUCCAGCGUCCUGAAACCAAGAAAGGCUGUUGCUCCCCAGCGCCUUCGUGGUUCCCAUCCUGGAGGUGCCUGUGGCCUCUACCCUUUGAAGUUGGAAAUCUUCCUAGCACCCACAGGAAGGUCAAGGCCAAAGGCAAGUUCAAGACCAGACUGUGACAAACCCGAGGCUGAGGCAUGCCUCAUGAAGACACUGAGCCUUCCAGGACCCCUGCCCUUUAUCAGUGCAUACCAGGGGCUAGGGGGCAUAGGGGACGUGAGGCUAGAAAAGCCCUUGCUUCGGUUCACUGCCCCUAUCCUGGAUGCAACGCCAAAUAAAAAGGAGCAAGUGAAGUAUCCUGGGCUUGGCUCCAUUUCUAUUGGAGGGUGAAGAAGAGGGUAGGCUGGGGCCCUAAACCCCAAGGUCCAGAAUGAGAGCUGUGGAGGCCAUCAGCAACCUCUCCACAAAGCAAAGGGCCAGAACUCCACCCCCUAGUGACAGACAUGGGGCUUUCUAUGCAGGAACUCUCUGGCAUCUCCGAUCUUGGAUUGGGGGAUAAGCCUCACGUUGUAGAUGAAGAAACGGAGUCUGAACAAGGAGACAUGGCUUGCCCAAGAUCAUGUGGCAGUGAGAAGGCUAGGACAUAUUGCCAGACUGCUCACCACUGGGAGAUCUCCAAGCCCCAAGCCCAGGGGAGAACCUGGGCUGGCAGCAGAGUGACAUCUAAUGGGCAUCAGAUUUACAACAUGAGAUGGGGGAAGGAUGGACCUUGCCUAAACACCAGCCCUUCUCCAGAGGGAGUUGGUCUGUCCCUUCCUCAGCAAGGGGCCAUGGUCACCUAGAAAGGAAAUACCCAACCAGCCAUACCCAUCUGAAAAACUUUGGUAUUUCUUAGUUGUAGUGAGUUGAAUGGUAGCCUCUCUCCCCGCAAAAGAUACAUCUGCCUGGAACCCGUGAAUAACUUUCUUUGGAAAAAUGGUCUUCAUAGAUGUAUUAAGUUAAAGAUCUUGAGAUGAGAGUACUCUGGAUUAUCCAGGUGGGCCCUAAAUCCAAUGAC